UCAAGUGUCAUUUAGAAAUGCCACUUAAACAAGAAAAACACGUGCGAUUCAAGAGAACUAAAAAAUAGGUACCUAAAAGGAUUAGAGUUUAAAAAUGCCUAAUAUUAAGAAAAAUCUAGACAAAUUAAAACAUCCUAACAGCAGAAAAACGCUGUCAUUGUUUAAGAAAAUAAAGAAAGGUGAAAAACGAGAUCAAAACAAAGUUGGCACACAUAUAAAACAGAACUUAAUAGGUGAAAAAAUUAUGUGGUUCAAAGACAGAAUACCUGAUGGAUGUAGUGUUUUGACCAAAGAACAGACUUUGGAACUGAUGGAAAGUUAUUUGGCAAGGUUUGACGAGGAAUUGGAGCAGAUAGCGUUAAAGAAUUCUGUCGGCCAGAGAAAGAACCGCCAACACGCGAGUAGGGAAGACAUAAUCAAUAUCACCAAAAAGAAAGAGCAUGAAGAGUUUGAAUCGUGUGGCCUGGAGAUGCCGGAUCUGAUGAACGCCCAGCAGAUGGAAGUUCUGAAAAGCUGGAAUGGAGAGUUGAGGUUUAUACAGCAUUUCAAACUUCGGAGAAUAGCAAGAAAACAUUUAAUAUAAUGUGAGAAAUCAAUAAGCAGUUUUAAUUCACCAAAAGUAACUUAAAAUCUAUUUUGUCUAUAUUACAAGAAAAAACAGGAUUUUCCCACGAAGCAAUUUUCAAAUUAACACAUAGCCUGCCAUAGUAGAUUUGCUAAUACAAAGAUUAUAUGCCUGUCAGUCACCGGUGACUGACAUGGCAGUCUAUGUGUUAAAAAAGACAUGUAAUACAUAUAGGGUAACAGUAAUAAAUUCUCAGUUAAAUAAAACAACAAAUCUAUGAAUAGGCUAUUUAUUCAGCAAAUAUUUACAACAUGCCAUAACACAAAGAUAAGGUUGGUACAGACCGAUACAGGUAGACAAAGGACAAGGAACAUUCAAGACUGUAUUUACAGCCUGCACCAGUCUGACCACCCAUUUAUAGAUAUAGUACAUACAAACAAAAUCAGUCCCUGUAUUACAUACAAAAAUAAAAAAUCUUAGCGAUAGGUAACUUUUAUAUUUUUAGUAAUUGAAAACCUGCAAAAAAUGGAUAUUCAAAUACAAUUCUGCGUAAUGAUGCCACUAGAAAACACAAAUAUUUAAUGAAAAGUAAAACAAACCAAGUACUUUAUUAGUAUUUAUCGAGUCAAGAUAAUGAAUAUCUGACUGUUUUCUUCUGCACAACAUUUAUAAUAAAAAUUUUAAGACAUAGUACAUAAAUUUAGUAUAGUGCAAAUUAUGUGAAAUAAAUAUCACAUUAAAAAUCCACAUUACAUAAAGAUAUUUUUCUUUUUUUUAUUGUAAAAAAUGUGUUUAUGAAAUGAUUCAUGUACUACAAUUAUUGCUAUUUGCAUCUAAUUAUAAAAACUUGUGAACAUUUUUUCGUAGAAGCUAUUGACCGCAGUGUAGUAAACAUAUGGUAGAAUGAUUCAUCAAUUUAGUGAUUCAUUCAUGAGACAAUGGUCUGUUACGAAUAAAUUUAUUGGGUCAAUAAUUUUGAUGUUUGACCUAACUUUUAUGUGAAAAAAAUAGAUGUUUAGAGUUUAGAUGUAAAUAUAAGCCUUUAGGUUUUCAUAUAAUAAAUAAUGCAUAUUUAGUUAGCCAUUAUUAGGUAGGUAUUUGUUUGUUAUUAUUUACCGCGUCAAUAAGACGUGUUUCUGAGAUCAACACUAUAUUACUAAUAAAAUAAUUUAUUUGUUUAAAUUUUAUUUUAUAAAUAAAUUAAUUUUUGGAAGGAUAUUUAAGAUUUAAAAAUAAAGAACAACCAAAAUGUAAGACUUGUAACAUACUUACUUAUUUGCCAGUUAUAUGUGCAACAGGCUUUAGGUUUAUGGACAAAUAUAAAAAAAGUUGUUUCUGCAUAAACAACUUUUUUGAAUCGCAGUAAAUUUUUUUUCCAACUUACACAGCUAAAGUCAAGAUAAUUAUAUAAAAUCACAGACUGCAUUCACAAACUGAAUCAUAUUAGAGUCUCGUUCACCUUGAAUUAACCCUAUGUGGUGUUGGAGUUGGCUUAACUUGUUUCUGACAUUUCAAUAUAAACAGGAAAUGGUUAAUCAAUAUUAAAGGCAUUUUCUUUAUGAUUCGAACUUAAAUUAUUUUAAGUUUCAUUCCAUUCAUUUUGGGAUACAAUUUAACAUAUACGGCCAUAUUAAGAUUACUGCUACAUUUUUAUGUAGCAUCUAGAAUAGUAUAUAUACGUUUAAAUUUCCGUACCUAAAAGGUAAAAGCGGGUCUGUCCGUCAACAGGCCGUCAUCAUAGCUAGAAAGCUGAAAUUUUCACAAAUAAAUAUUUAAGUAUCUAAGUAAACUUGAUCAUGACAGGGAACCCUUCGUGCGCGAGUCAGACUCCUUGGCCUGUUUUUUUUUUUAUUUCGACCGUAUAUAAUAAUUUUGCUUUUUAUCUAUGGAAUCUGGAUUUUUUAAUAAAUAAAAUUACUUUUUUCAUUUUCUUAUAUUGGUACUGUUGAUCUGACAGACUAGAUUUUUUUUAUUUUAUUAUUGAAACUUUAUUACUAACUAUUUUAUAUAUCUUGUUCCGCGGGAAUCUGAUGUAUUAUUUUUACAAUUAAACAGAAGGUAAUUCAUCUACAUACAUUACUUUUAAAUUUAACACACUUAUUAAAUAUCGUACUUAAUAUAAAUGAAUGCUACAAAAUAAAGCAUCGUAAUUAUAAAGGUAGGUAAUAUUUCUCACUCAAACAAUGCAGGACUUAUCUUUCACUUCAAAUAGUUACAUAAUGAUAUGCAAUCUAGCGUAUGAACACAGCAAUAUGAUAACAAAACCAUAAAAAAUGUGACAAAUUUUGAAUUAUUUUCACUUUUUUUUUAUCAACAUGCCAACUGCCAAAUAUGAA